AUGGCCCUUCGCAGUGUAUGCUACGAUGUAGACGCGGCGUCUCGGAUUGCCACCAUCUCACUGAAUCGUCCCGAACGUUUGAACGCAAUAGACGAUCACAUGCCGCAGGAGAUAGAAGCCUGUGUGGCGUGGGCGAAUGAAGACGACCGAGUGCACGUAAUCAUACUUCAGGGCUCAGGACGAGCCUUUUGCUCUGGUUACGACCUGAAGAAGUAUUCCGAAGGCUCUCCGGUUGGGGGCGAGGCUUCUCCAAAUCAAGACAUGCCCUGGGAUCCCACAGUUGACUUCAAGUUCAUGUGGGCGAACACCCGAAACUUCAUGUCGUUGUGGACGUCGUUGAAGCCGACAAUCUGUAAAGUCCACGGUUUUGCAGUUGCCGGUGGCAGUGACAUUGCGCUUUGCUGCGACCUGGUUCUGAUGGCCGACGAUGCGCGCAUCGGCUAUCCGCCCGCCCGCGUAUGGGGCUGCCCGACAACCGCCAUGUGGUGCUACAGGUUAGGUCCCGAGAAAGCCAAGAGAAUGCUGCUCACUGGCGACUUGGUCUCGGGAGUGGAGGCAGCGAAGAUGGGACUAGUUUUGGAGUCCGUCCCUGCCCACAAACUGGAUGAGCGCGCGCUAGAGCUGGCGCGGCGAAUCUCAAGCGUGCCAAAGAACCAACUUAUCAUGCAAAAGAUGGUGGUAAAUCAAAGCGUUGAAGCCAGCAUGAUGUCCUCCCAGCGUUUAGCGACGAUCUUUGACGGAGUCACACGGCACUCACCGGAGGGCAUGUGGUUCAAAGAGCGCGCUGCAACCGCAGGCUUUGCUGCGGCUGUUGCCGAGCGCGACGGCGGUAGCCCUAUAGCCCCGCACGUAUCCAGGAAGACGAUUCCACGGCUGUCAUCGAAGCUGUGA